GGUGGCGCAGUUGCAGCUUGUUCGGCGGCCGGACCGUUUGUCGGCGUUCCCUGUUUCCCGGGGAGGUUGUGUCGCGCGUUGGAGCGGCUCCCUCUUUCUGAUUGUAGUCGGUGUGAGCGGGGCCUUCAUUUUCUGAUUUAAAUCGGUUUGGGGCGGGUUUAUGGUGGUGGAGUCGCGACUGCCUGAGGGUUGCUGAUUGUGCAGACGCUAAAGUAUAUCGAGAAGCAAAUGCUUAAAGGACCUGUGCCCUAUAGACUAAGCGUUGGCUGGCUGCCCAUCACGGCCUAGAGUCACACUUUGUUAAAGAAGCAAAAGAAUUAUGGUCCACAGAGGGGGGACAAUGAGUUUGUAAUGCACAGUGUCUGCUGCUCUGGGCCAUGGAGGACGAGUCUAUCUCAGGGAGUGAUCCAGAUGUGGAGUCGGAGGAUGUGGAAGAGGAAGAGGAGGAGAUGGAGGACAAUGAUGGUGAUGAUGAAGAUGACCUGGAGGAAAAUGAUGAUUCUGAGCCAACCCCCGUCAGUUCUGAGCAUUCUCCACAGCCCGAUGCCAGGGGAUGGAAAUGUUCCACUUCAACUACCUCAUCACAGAAUGAAAGGAAGCAGGCUUGCUCAGAAAAUGGCAAGAAGCAAAGGUCAACAAAGCCUGUCCACAUGAGGAGAAACAUCCGAAAGCUACUACGGGAGGACCAACUUGAGGCUGGAACCAAAGCAGCACAACAGGAGGAAUUAGAGCGACUUAAACGUCUUGAGCAGCAGAGGAAGGAAUUUGUCUUACCCACAUUGCCAUUUGAACUCCUACAAGAAUCCAAUACUCAAUCCUUAAAAAAAGAGCCAGUCUGGAAUGAGGAGGAAACUGCACAGAAAACAGAUGAAGUUCUGUCAGCUCCACCAAGACUCCCUAAACCUGAGGUCAUCUGUGUGGAUAUAAGUAGUGGGAGUGAAGAGGGUGCAGAGGCAGAAGAGCGAAUCAUAAAGGACGAGGAUGUGAUUGAGCUGAGCUCAGGGGAAGAAGAUUCUCUGCACAUUCUUGACAGUGAAUCCAGCAACGAGGAAGAGGAGGUGAACGAGGAGAGCAGUGGUGCGCAUGUGAACGAUGCCUUGAAUCAGCCAGAUGACCUGGGCCGUGUCCUGGUCAACAUAAAUCAUCCACCAAAUGAGCAAGAUAUUUUCCUGGCACCCCAGCUGGCACGAGCUGUCAAAUCACACCAGGUCGGUGGAAUUCGUUUCCUCUACGACAAUCUGGUGGAGUCACAAGAAAGGUUUAAAAGCAGCAGUGGUUUUGGCUGUAUCCUGGCACACAGCAUGGGCCUCGGGAAGACUCUGCAGAUCGUCUCCUUUGUGGAUGUCCUCUUUCGAUACACAGAAGCUCGCACUGUCCUUGCUAUCGUACCGGUGAACACUUUGCAGAACUGGCUGGCUGAGUUUAACAUGUGGCUACCCGCCCCAGAAGCACUUCCUGCAGAUUACAACUCUGAGGAGAUCCAGCCCAGGAGUUUCAAAGUUCACAUUCUAAAUGAUGAACACAAAACAACGGUGGCCCGUGCCAAAGUGAUUAAUGAAUGGUCAACAGAUGGCGGCAUGCUGUUAAUGGGGUAUGAGAUGUAUCGCCUACUGUCAUUGAAAAAGUCAUUUGUUACCGGGAGGAGGAAGAAGACAAAGAAACCAGCCGGACCUGUGAUUAUAGAUCUAGAUGAGGAAGAUCGGCAACAAGAACUACUGAAAGGGAUUGAGAAAGCACUGGCCAAGCCAGGCCCUGAUGUAGUUAUUUGUGAUGAAGGCCACCGCAUAAAGAAUUGCCAUGCCAGCACAUCUCAGGCCUUGAAGAGCAUCCGUUCAAGGCGACGAGUAGUCCUGACUGGAUAUCCAUUACAGAACAAUCUCAUGGAGUACUGGUGCAUGGUGGACUUUGUCCGGCCCGAUUUCCUUGGUACCAGGCAGGAGUUCAGCAACAUGUUUGAGCGUCCCAUCCUAAAUGGACAGUGUAUCGACUCUACGCCGCAGGAUGUCCGCCUCAUGCGGUACCGCAGUCACGUUUUACACAGCCUGCUGGAAGGGUUUGUACAAAGGCGAGGCCACGAUGUCUUGAGAGGCCACCUUCCUGAUAAAGAAGAACAUGUGCUGCUCGUCCGUCUGUCCAAAAUUCAACGAUCGCUGUACACCGAGUUUAUGAAUCGUUUCCGAGAUGCAGGGAACAGUGGCUGGCUGGGGCUUAACCCUCUGAAAGCAUUCUGUGUCUGCUGUAAGAUCUGGAACCACCCAGAUGUACUUUACGAGGCUCUGCAGAAGGAGAACCUGGCCAAUGAACCUGAUUUGGAUCUUGAGGUAAAUGACCUGAACGCGGGCACACCAAAUGCACGCGCUCUGCCCAUUGGGGGCAAAAGGAAAACUGAAAGUGCAGCCUCCACCGUAGAUUCUGCAAAUAGCAAGUUCUCCCAGAGUGUCGGAUUCAACCAUUUCCAGGACAAAGCCAACCAGGUCAUAACGUAUGAGUGGGCUAAAGAUGUGUUGGCAAGCUAUCAACCUGGCUUGCUAGAGAACUCUGCAAAAAUGGUCCUGCUGUUUGAGCUGAUUGAAGAGAGCCUGAAGCUCGGGGACAAGAUCCUUGUGUUUAGCCAGAGUCUUUCUACACUCUCAGUCAUUGAGGAAUUUCUUGGAAAGAGAUCGAUGCCAACAAAAACAGGCUCUGAGGAACCUUCACAACCCUGGAUCCGGAAUGUUAACUAUUACCGACUAGAUGGAAGCACCUCUGCGAUGGACCGGGAGCGGCUGAUCAACCAGUUCAAUGAUCCUCGAAAUACUAAAGCCAAUCUCUUCCUGCUGUCUACACGAGCUGGCUGCUUGGGAAUCAACCUGGUUGGGGCUAAUCGGGUGGUGGUAUUUGACGCGUCCUGGAAUCCCUGUCAUGAUGCCCAGGCGGUGUGUCGUGUGUAUCGUUAUGGUCAAAAGAAGCCUUGUUACAUCUACCGGCUGGUGUCUGACUACACACUGGAGAAGAAGAUCUAUGAUCGACAGAUCUCCAAGCAGGGCAUGUCUGACCGUGUCAUUGAUGAUCUAAAUCCAGUGCUGAAUUUCACACGGAAAGAAGUGGAAUCACUCCUGCAUUUUGUGGAAGAGGAGCCGAUUUUGUCAGAUACCAACUUAGAACCAGAGAAAAUAUGUGAUGCGGUGAUUCUCAGAGCAUGCGCCAAACAUAAACAACUUGUCACCAAGCAACCUUUCCAGCAUGAGUCACUGCUGAUGGACCGCAAGGAGUACAAGCUGACCAAGGCAGAGAAAAAAGCAGCUAAGAAGAGUUACGAGGAUGAGAAGCGGGCAUCAGUCCCUUACACCCGACCGUCUUAUGCCCAGUAUUACCCAGCCAGUGACCAGAGCCUUACCAACAUCCCCAUCUUUAGCCAGCGGCAUUGGAGGGGACCAAUCAAGGGGCUGGAUGAGAAGCCAGUGGCUAGUGUUCGCCCUUUACAGUCAACACCAAUUCCAAUGAUGCCUCGGCAGGUUCCAGGUGGAAUGGCAAUGCCUGGUUCGGGAUUUGGUCCUGUGUUCCCCGUCGGUCACCUCCAGCGGGCUGGUGUUGUGGUGCAGAAAAUCGUCACCACCACAGAUAUAGUUAUUCCUGGAACCAAUACAUCAACCGAUGUCCAAGCAAGAAUCAAUGCUGGGGAAAGCAUCCAUGUUAUCAGGGGAACUAAAGGGAUGUACAUUCGCACAUGUGAUGGAAGGAUCUUUGCCGUACGCAUGGGCAAUAAACCAAAAGUGACCGAGGGAAACCAUGCAGCUGCGUCAGGUUCACAGGGAGAUUCUCUCAAUCACGGGAGUCACAGUUCCUCCUCCCCUGACCAGGCACAGAAGGGCCUUUCCCCAGAAGAGAUCGCACGGCCCCUUUCCCCAGACAGCCCAGAGAUAAUAAGUGAGCUCCAGCGUUACGCUGAGGCAGCGGCUGCCAGAGAAUCCAGCGACCGGCCGGGGACUGACACCAACACGCAGGGAGACCACAGCAAACUGAGGCAGGCUCAGCCAUCCGAACAACUCCUGGGCAUCAACAGCUCAGCCUCGGCCCGUGCUGCUGCCUUGAAUGUGCCAACGGCAAGUCGCUAUGUGGACUGGACCUCUGGCGCAUUUGGGAUGGACGUAAGAGGAGGCAAGCGGAAGACUUCCUCUCCUUCCUUGGAGGACCAUGCCCGGAAGCAAAGGCAUUCAAUGCCAACGCAGAACUACUCACUCCCAGCUGGCUUUAACCUAUCGUCCAUCGGCUUGAGCCCCGAAAUGUCUGGGCUGGCUGGUAAUUGCCCGACUCUCUUAAACCCCUUGUACAGCGCGGGGAGCCCCUACUACACACUGCCAGGCUUGCUGGGGGACCCGCGGCUGAUGUACCCCAUGACUACUGAUCCACGACUUGCUGCUAGCACCGCCGGCCCUGCCGUCCCUACCUCAGCGACCGGCGCCGCGGCGCCCUUCAUGCUCAAUCCAACCUCAACCCUGCCCACAGGCCUGCUCCCUGGCCUGCAUCACCCCUUCGCCCAAUCUUUGUUGAAUGAGCCCCGGAUGUUCGCCCCAUACCCAGUGCCCCUGCUCACCAACAGCCUCCCAGCUGGCGUGGGACAAGCCAGCAGAGUCUUUGUACCAUCGUCAUCAUCAUCUUCUGGUUACCCAGCUCCGGAACUCCUGAGCACAGCGGCUCCCCAGGUGGAUGCGCCCACAGGGUUGGACACUGCCGGCAGUUCGGAUGAUGACGUCAUCGAGGUCACAAGCAGUAACUCGGGGUGACCGACUCAUGAGGGACAGGGCUGUUAUCCAAAUCUUUUUAAAUAAUAAAUAAACGUGUCACUCACCCGAAUUUUAUGGCCGAAGACGACCAUUGUAAAUGUUGUCUUUUUUACAUUUUUUUUAAAUUAUUGGCCAAGUGGUUUUUUUUCAUCUUUUUUAAAAUAAAAUUUUCUGCUGGAUUUUUUUUCUGUUUCUUGCCUGGAAGGAAUUUUUUGCCUUCGGUUAAGAAUUUAGCAAAGAUUUGACUUAAGUUGAGUAGAGAAGUGCAGUUGUUUCCUGUCUUUAGCAGGGGAGGCUGGGGGUCAUUGAGGAGCAAUGGCACAUAAAUUGUUUAAAGGGGCCGUGUCUCACACAAAUGUUUGAAGGGGUUGUGUGUCACACAAAAUUUGACUGAUACAUGUUUAUAGUUUUUGUUUUGUGUUUUGGUAAGAGCUGGUGUGCAGAGCAGGCAGGACUUGAUGUUUUCAAUAGGGGGAGAAAAGAGGUUGAGAGAAUUGGUGUAUGAGAAUCAUUUUCUCAAGUUACAAGCCCUGGAUCAGAAAGAGCUUUCUAACAGCUCGAGAGAGUAAAAUGGGGGAAUGGGGGUGGGUGAGAGAACUCUCAUUACUAGGAAGGAGUAGGAUUGAAGAGCUGAUGGAGAACUUAUCCCCCGAUGGCUUAAUGUCUGAACACAUCAUGCAGUGUAAUGCUGAGCUGUGCAGACCAGAAGAUUCCAGCUCCAUUUUCAAUUUGAUGGACUGUUUUCCUAGCUCUGUAAAUAAGAAAGAAAAGUCCUCUCCCAGUCCUAACUGCUGUUAGAGAGUGAGCUAUGAAUGCCUUGCUGGCAACUAGAAAAUUGUACCCAAACGUGAAACAAGCAAGGGAGAAGGGUUGAAACUGCCUGUGAAGGAAUAAUUUGCCAUACUGAGCAGUGGGAGGUGCCACUUGAGAAGCAGUUGUGGAGAUUGAUCGCAAACUCUGCAUUUACACUCUUGCAGAGUACCAUGAGCCUUCCCACAGCAAUGUUAAACCUGAACAAUAUACCUGUCUUUCAGUCACCGUGUUCUCUCGCUCCUCAGAUUGGCUUUACGUAGUGCUGUUGGGCAGUUGGCAAAAUUUUUCUCUGGCUACAGAAAAGAGGGGGGCAGGGGGAAGCUUCCUGUGUUAAAAUAUUACAAUUGAUGUGUUAUGUGGAAUCUUGUUUAAUUAUCCUCUGUAACAGCACACUGCAGUGUCAAAUCACGCAGCAAGGCAGAACAUAUGAACUGUGACUUAACUGGAAGUCUGUAGGGAAUUGCUUCAUUCAGGUAAAGCUCUGACUGGUGUUUUUAUGGAAGUAUUAAACCCAGAUAACUUUUAGAAGGUUUAAGGGUUUGCUUUAAAAGUUAAAGCCAGCAUUAUUAAUAUUUUUUUUCUUGGAAGUAAAUUCCAGUUUUAACUUAUUUAUGAACUUGGGUAUUUAUUAUCACAAGUUACUACAGUACAGAUGUUUUUGAAGGGGAAAGGAGGAUAAUAAUUCUGACCAAAGUUCAGCUAAUAUUUGGACCAACUGUAAUCAGACCAAACUGAUUCUGGCUCCUUGGAUUGAAUAAGAAACAGUGGAUGGAAUGGUGGCCUGUUGGCCCUUGCAUGCUCUAGAAGGGUUUGGUGAUUGAUAUGAAUACUACUUCUUGAAUUUAAGAUGUUUUCUAUAGUCUUAAAAUUGAAGUUAAAUGUGAUUAAGCAUCUGUCAUUUGUUAGAUCGGUAACUCCAAGUGACCUAACUGCAGUCAAUCACAGGGUCAUUACUCUAGUAUAAACGUUUUGUUGCAAUCACACCAGCAGUCAGAAUAUAUAUCUUGCUCGUUUCAGCCAGAAUGCCAAUGUUUAUACUUAUGGGUGUAGAUACCACUCAGUUGGCCAUUUCCUGGAGAGGUGUAGGUGAGAGAUGGAGUAGAGGAGGAGGAGUUCUAUUUUGAAAUUGGUUCUGAAGUGCAAUCCACUCUAGAAUUUGUAAAUGGCUGUUCAAGGUGCUGUUGUCACUGGUUUAAUCAAGCUACAGACCAUAAACCCAUCUCCAUGGCCCCCAAAUACAGUAAAAUUGUUUUAUUAUUCCCUAUUCUUUGGUUUUAGCAUGUCUUGUCAGUUGCAAGCCUUUCUUUAAGAACAAUUUUCCCUCUUUCCAAAAGACAAUAAUUCAUGGUGUCAGGUACACCAUCAUUGGCAACAGUUCAACGCCUCACCUGAGAGGCCAAUAAUAUUGGUUAAGCCCAGGUGGUGAGCAUUGGAGGACUAUUCUACUACCAGAGCCAUCACUGUAUAAUUUGUGUGCACGAACAUACUAGCACUUGGAGACUAGAGGGCGAGUCGUUAUAAUCUAGAUCAACCAUGCAGCCAUGGCUAUAUGUUAACCCAAAUGUCUGCAGCUACAUAAUGGACUGAUACCACACAGUGGCAGCAAUAUAUGUUUUUUUAACUGAAUUUCUGAGCGGUUAGCCUGAGGCAAAUGCCAGGAAUUGGGCUUGACAUGAUCCUGCACAGUUUGUGUCUUUCUAUUGUGUACAGUCUGGCAACUGACUAAUUUAAAUUAAUGCUCACACCGCUUGUGUUUUCUUAUUGAUGCUGACCCUAAGAUCUUCUUUCUAAAGGCUCGCCAUUUUGUACGCUGCACUUUAAAGUUGAUGUGAAAUGCAGCAAGAUGGUAAUGAGCAUCCCCAUACAGCAACCUUGUCCCUGACCACUGAUUUACCCAGUUCCCUUCCCAGCUAGAUUAGUUUACAGGCCCACAGCUCUCAAUGGGAUCAAUGGUGUCUCUGAAACCCACUCAUGGCGAUGGUUGCCCCCAGGCCUGCCUCCUGAUUGAGAGCUGGGGAGAGCAUUCAGGGUAAACGUGUUUCAUUUUCUUGUUUGUUUAAAAAUUAUAAACAAAAUAAUUUAACAGGAGAAGACCAAGAAGCCAGAUGUGAAUAGGUCGGAAUACGUCAUCAGCACAACCUAUACUGAGGUCGUUUCAAUUAAAUUUUUGAUUCCUUUGUCUUGAAUUGUUUUCCGAAUGUUCAGAGACUGUUAUUUGGAAGUUGUUGCCAUACGAGGUGAACAAUAUUAUUAAUUAAUAAAAGCCUUAGAGAUAUUAGCUAUGCAAGUUUUUUUAAAUAGUGUUUUUUUUGUUUGGACAGAGCACAGAUGGGGUGAGAUAAAGGGGGCUUUAAAAAAACUUGUCACGUUACCAGAGGCGGGACCCCAUCUGUCAGCUAGUAAUGGUGAAGUUACCAACUCUCCAAAGACUUGAAAUUGUUUCUUGGACCCUUGUAACUGUUAUGUCCUGUGCUGUAAGACCCACAUUGGAAGGGUUCGUGGAUGAGGGUAGGGGGAGCUCUGCUUUAUUGUGUCAUCCUGUUAUUCAAAUGCCCUGGUCAACUAUAUAUUUAAACCAGUAACUGAAUAAGGCCUUGGAAAAGUUAUGUUUGCCUGGGGGCAUGGGACUAGUGCUAGCUGUGAAAACUGCUAGUUAACCUUGGAGACUUGGUUCUGGGCAAUCUUCCAUUGCACUCAUGCAUUGAAUUCCUUGUUAAACUUUUGUGAAGUCAGUAAGGAGCCUGUAUAUUUGUUUUAUAUACACAGCUCUCAAUUGCUUCCCCUUUAUUUGCUUUAUUUUUUUGUUGGAAUGAGGGAAUCUUCAUAUUUUGGGUGUACCAAACAUCAAAUCAUGCGCUAUUAAUAUUUGGUGUGUAUCUGUUCUCUGACUAUACCCCACCCCCACCUUUAUACACUACUGCUGUUAAUACAAUCUUCAACUGUGUUCCAGUCAGGUUAAUCUGCUUUUAUGUGAUGAGUUCAAAUAACGUGCAUUUUGUAAUAAAGGAGGAUGAUUAGGAUAUCAGUUUGGGCAGUGUGGAUGUGGACUAUUGCUGGUUCUGGAAAUGUUUGUUAUGUCUCGACCAUUAUUGAUGGGGAGACUGAAUGUCUUGUGAAAGAGUAUAUACCAAUGUUCCUUCAGAGAGUCAUCCAGUCAUCCUUCAUAAUAGCUGCAUUCUGUGGUCGUCUUUUCAGUGGGGCAAAUUCAUUUAGAUCUCCCUCGUCCCAGUUGUGUUUUAACCAUGCGGGUAUGUUCCAUUUAUAACAAUGAAAAUUACAGCUGCAACACUGGCACCUGUAUUCCUUUCUGGAUUCUGUAACCCACCUACAGACUGUAUUGUGCCCAGAGCUAUGCAAGUGCUCUUUAUUCUGUAAGCCACAGAGUGUGUUACACAGAUGAGAUUGUGUUGUGCAAAUGUCAUGAUCUCCUCACACUUGCUUUUUGAGUUAGGGUGACAGGGAAGUGAUAACUCCCAGUCUGAAUUUCUGUAUCUCUUUCCCUUUGGCCCUUUCUGAUAGUGCUUCAAUUGUUUUUCAGUGUUAAAUAGUUGAGUGUAUUGCACCUGCAAAUGGAGGUGUGUUGUCUUCUGCCCCUGGAGUGCUGUACACUGGACAAAAUCAUGUCUAUUUGUUUGCUCAUUAUUAAAUGAGGAAAUGGAUUUGAUGCAUUGCAGUCAAGCCUCAGAGACUGUUACCACUAGGAGUUAAGGGAGUCUGUGGUGCUAAAUGCUGUUCUAAAAACUGCUGUUCAUGCACGUGUAACAGGUGCAAAGAUCUCUUCCACUGCCUUGGUAAUGGAAGUGAUGCUGUCUUUGCACCAAACAGGCUUACACCAGGCAGGUUUCUGUGAGAUUCCUCCGAUCUACAGGAGACAAAAUGGUUCAAGUUUAUUCUCCCCUUCCAUCCACUCCCCCCUUCCCCCCCAUGCAUAAAAUAAAUUGAAAACUAAUUUGUUCAAAAUAAAGACAACUUUUUUUUGUAAUUAAAUAUUGCAAGUCUGUAAACUGCCUAAUGGACCUCUCUUGUUUUUAUUUUGUAAAAUGAAAAAUAAAGACUAGCUCCUUUUGUGUUUUAGUAGAGAAAUCCUUUA